CUCAGACGACUCAGCUGUGCAGGGACUUUGGCCGCAGACUUCAGGAGAGAAGAGCAGCCUUCAGGGAGCGCAGAGACAGAUGCUAAAGUAAGGUAAUACAGAGGUGGAAGAAAUUCUACCAUGGAGAAUCAGAAGGCUUCACAGACCUGAGCAAAAUUUGGAGGAGAAAUGGGAUUUUGCCAGACAGAAAAUGAGAAGGCUGUAAGGACAAGACUCCCAUGAAGACUUUCUCUGAGGUGCAAGACGGAAGACGAGAACAGGCACAGAGGACUGUUUUGAUACAGUGCCCAAAUAAAAUCAGUGAAAAGAAGUUUCUCAAGUAUUUAUCCCAACAUGGACCUAUUCAUAGUCAUUUCUUCUAUGAGAGCUUUGGUCUCUAUGCUGUUGUAGAAUUUUGCCAAAAGGACAGUAUAGAUUCCCUGCUGAACGGGACUCAGAUUCCAACCGUGGGCACCGAGGCAGUGAUUCCAUUCAGGUCACGUUUCUUCAGUUUAAAGCUGAAGAGUCCCUCAGGCCACAUUACUGAAAAGUCACCCGUGCAGCCAAGUAAUCAGUUGCCGCCUUCAAGCAAGAAGCUUUCUGAAUUACUUUGCUCUGCAGAAAGUGUAGCUGAUCAGUUGACCACACUCUUGAAGGAAUUCCAGCUGACAGAGGAGAACACCAGGCUCCGGUACCUCACUUGCUCCCUUAUUGAAGACGUAGCAGCUGCGUAUUUUCCAGGCUGCACAGUCAGACUCUUUGGCUCCUCGGUGAACACCUUCGGGAAGUUGGGCUGUGACCUGGACAUAUUUCUGGAUCUGGAGGAAACUAGGAAACUGGGUACUCACAAGAGCAUGGGAAAUUUUUGGAUGGAAUUUCAAGUGAAAAGUGUUCCUUCAGAAAGAAUUGCAGCUCAGAAGAUCCUGUCUGUGAUAGGAGAGUGCCUUGACCACUUUGGCCCUGGCUGCGUGGGUAUCCACAAAAUCCUCAAUGCCCGGUGUCCACUCGUGAGGUUCUCCCACCAGGCUUCUGGAUUCCAGUGUGAUUUGACUGCAAACAAUAGGAUUGCCUUAAAAAGUUCUGAGCUCCUUUAUAUCUACGGUACCAUGGAUUGGAGAGUAAGAGCCUUGGUAUUCGGUGUCCGCUGCUGGGCUCGAGUGCAUUCUUUAACGAGUGGUAUUCCUGGUGCUUGGAUCACGAAUUUCUCCCUUACAGCGAUGGUCAUCUUCUUUCUUCAGAUAAGAUCGCCACCCAUUCUUCCAAGCCUAGAUGCCCUGAAGACCUUAGCAGGUACAGAAGAUAAAUGCAUAAUAGAAGGCAAUAAUUGUACAUUUAUUCGUGAUUUGAAUAAAAUUAAACCUUCAGAAAACACAGAAACAGUAGAAUUACUAUUGAAGGAAUUUUUUGAAUAUUUUGGCAAUUUCGCUUUCAACAAGAAUUCCAUAAGUAUUCGACAGGGACGGGAACAAAACAAACCUGAUUCUUCUCCUCUGCACAUUCAGAAUCCUUUUGAAACUUCUCUCAAUAUAAGCAAAAAUGUAAGUCAAAGCCAGCUACAAAGAUUUGUAGAGUUGGCCAGAGAAAGCGCCUGGGUUUUACAACAGAAAGAUACUGCUGUCCCUUCCCCAUCUAGCAAGCUGCCCUGGGGACUGGCUGCCCUGCUGCUGCCGUCUCUAACACAGAGUAAGAAGAAACAGAAGAAGUUUGGGAAUGAAAGACUUAAAGACCUGUUAGAGUCCAUAAAAAGCAAUAGUGCAGAAAGUUCCACAAACACCAGUAGGAAACAAACAGUUAGUACUCAGAUGUAAUGCCUGCUAUUUUGUGUUAACAACUGGUUUUUAAUCCUGUAACACGGCCUGUGCAGUGCCUAGAAUGGUGUCCUCAGAUUCUGCAGACCUCCAGUAUCAUCUGAUGUCACUUUUCGCAGUCUUUUCAUUAGCCCCCUAACCCUGACCUGAAGAUCUGGAACAUUUUCAGUCUGACCAUUCUGACGCGUGGGUGGCAUUUCACUAAACAAGUCACAAGGAAUGGAUGAACGAAGAUUGAAAUGUACUUCAAAUGAGCUACACAAAGCGAGUGGUAAAAGUCAGUUUUAGAAUCAAACCAUUGUGGAUAUCCACAUCAGUCCCAGCUUGGGAAACAUUUCAAAGGUCUUCUAAUUAUAUACAUAUAUAGAUAAAUACAAUA